CGUCUCCAUCCAUAAUAAUUAUGUUUGUUUUGGAAUAUCUUUCGGACCAGAGAAGCAGUUCCCGCAAAGCAUUGUGUUUGAGACGAUUGAAUUGGUUGACGUUCCUCGCUUCCAACGCCGCGUCGUGAUAAAACCAUGGGAGGCUAAUUGUUCCAAACUCCAAGAAAACGUCCCCACCGUAGAACUAACCAGCGUUUCUAUGAUCAUGAUAAUGUCCUUUGUCGUAUUGGAGUUGUCAACAACGGAUCUUCCGAAAACUUCCAGGUGAAUAUUGCAACCGCUGGAGAAGGAUGAACGACCAUCCCCGCGGCCAGCUGCACAUGGCGGCAUCAGUGCUCAUAGGUGUCCUGUGCCUUAGCUUUCUGGUCCCGAUCAGAGGCCAGGUGCCACAGGUGGACACCGGCUUGAGCGCCACGUCCACCAUCGCGUGCAACGCUACCUCGACGGACACCGGUAUAGCUUGGUUCGGUGUGCUGUAUCUGCACCAGACCGGAGCGGCGAGCAGCUUUGCCGACUACACUUUCCAAAUCAUCGGUGGUUUCUUAUCAGACACAUCAUCGGCAGCGUUCUACGGUCCUGGCUUUGGAAAUGUCAACGGGUCUCUUCACUCCAUCUAUGAUGAAAGCGAUCCGCCAGCAGGGGGAGCAUCUUCGCCAAGCAUAACAGGUCAGUGGUUGACGAUAUCAGCAACGGACGUGGUGCUGUUCUACGCCGGCCUAGUGCAAGUUCACGUACAGCUCAUUGAUAAUGUCACACUGAACGGAUCUUGCCAGUUUGUAUCUGGUCAGGGACAAGCACCCGCUAUCACUGGACUCAAUCAGCACAUUUGCGACAAGGCCAACACCAACCUGCUGCCCAUCACCUGGUGUCACUACCAGAACCCGUACGUCUCAGUGCUGCCAGUCAGUGACGUGCUCUACAGCAGCGACAGCUGUUUUGGCAUCGAGUGCACGGUGAAAGAUAACACUGGCAUCCCGUACAACUGCUAUUUGAAUGGCGAGCGUGACUACCAACACCCGCACUCGGUCUGCGUCGGAGUUAUGCGCUUCACGGCGUUUGAAUCGUACACGAAUCGCUACAGCACCGUGACACCGUCUCGCGAUGUGCACAAUCGCACCCUGUAUCCGUAUCCAUUUGUCUUCACCGUCAUGGGACUGGAAACGGGACGCAUGGUGGCUAACGUCGUCAACAACCUGGCGCACGCGGUCGGAGACAGCCAGUUCCUGUAUGGUCAGCAGAACAUCAUGGUCAGACAGGCACACCGGUUCUCGGUCGAGCACCUCGUCUCGCUGGGGUUCACUAACAACGCGGCGCUGGACACCGUUGGCCUGGUGGCGUCCAGUGACAACAUCACAACACAGCUCGUGUACCUGAACAUGGACGUAUGGCCACCCACCGGUAUCAACAUAUGCCUCGAUCUACAGCACACGCGCAAUGGAGAAGAGCUCGUCUCGCUGCAUCUGUGGGAGUCCACUGCUGACAACCAUACUGCUGUUCUAUCCGUCCUUGUGAGAAAGUUUAAUACAUUCGUAUAUGAACUGCAACACUACUCCUUUGACUUUUCGAAAAGUUUCGAAAACUGUCCCAGUCCAACUACGGUCAAGUGGACAAUAUCUGCCGAGCAAGAGCUACUAGGAGUCGCCAUUGUUCGUCACUACGUGAACCUUACAAACCCGUUUCUAUUCACGGAGAUAGAUCGUCCUCGGCUCCAAACAGUGCGCACACUGGCUCUUCUAUAUGAUGGGAAGCAGUGCAAUGUGUUUCAACUUGAGGGCAAGGGCGUGCACUUGCAAUCCACAGCUGUUUCAAUGGCUGCCUGUCAUCCAGAAUCUUGUUUCUUCACCGCAGGAUCCGGCGAGUACAUCCAAGCCGCGGAUCUCUUCGGUGAGUUUUUGCAGCGUGUUAAAAACUCCUCGCUCCAUGUGUCUACGGCUAUGUUCAUUGACCCCAAGUAUGAUAGCUACCUGCAGCCUUCGCAGCUGAUGUGGUUGGCCAUAGCCGUGAGCAAUGGCAGCGGUCAAGCUGUGAAGGUGGUCAGCUUGAACGAGUUUGGCUACUUCUCUGCACCGUUGAGUGCCGCCCUGGCCACGAAUCCUGCCCAGCGAAGUGAUCUGUGUGGGAUUUCCAGCUGGCUGGAUCCUAGCAAUGGGCAGUGCGUACCGCGUCGUAUAUACACACAGGGCUUGCCACGGCCAGUUGUGAUGAUCCAGACGCGCUUCCGCAGCGUCGACCUGUCCAAUCUGCAAGGCGAUUCCGCGGCAAAGAGCUUUUCACAGCAGCCGGUGCAGAAUCAGAUCGGGUCGUUCUUGUACAGUGUGUUCUUUGUUCAAUUGCAGCCUGAUGAUGAUGUCCUGUACGACAGUGUGGUGCUCUUGGGGGCGCAGGCGCAGCUGGGCAGCGCUGAUGACGUCGAGUUUGUUCAGCUGAACGAGGUCUCCUACAUCGGGUCCGUCCUGAGUCUGUUCGCUUCUCCAAACUCCUUCCACAUGGUAGUCACGGUCAAGCGUCACUUGUUCAACGUUCAGUCGCUCACGCGGCUCAUCCAAACUUGCAGGACACUUGUCUAUCUGCAAAAGAAUAGUCCCGAGAAGCUUGUUUUGCUGCCGAUUGCUCAGUAUUCACAGCUCUGCUCUCAGCCAAACUACCUAGCCUUGCUGAACCGUGGCCCACCAAACAUCAACGAUUUCACUUGGUAUACAAGUUCGUGUGUAUCGGGCUCAUACUGUCCAAGUAUGGUCAGCGCCAACAUCAGCCAAGUGCAUGCGGGUCUGUACACGUUACGCUCGUUCGAGGUGCAUGUGUGCGAGCAAGGCUACUUCUGCACUGGCGGCAGGAGGAUAACAUGCCCGCCAGGCUUCAAGUGCCCCAGCACGCAGAUGACUUCACCGUUGCGCUGCUCUGUCAACAUGGACUACAACACAACAUGCUAUCAGUUGACCAUCGACGGUGCCCCGGGGGUGAUAUCGGAGAUCCCGUGCACUGACGGUUCCAUCUGCCCCGUGCCGUUCAUGCCCAGCGUUCAAGCGCCGCCUGGGUACAAGGCAAACAACGACCCGAACACGACGUCGCAGGAGCUCUUUCUCGAAUGCAAGGCCGGCGAUUGGUGCAGCCUUGGAGCGGCCGCGUACAACGCGUCGUCCGGGAAUGCCAGCGAUCUCCGCUGCCCCAAGGCGCACUACUGCAGCACCCCGGACGUCUUCGAGCCCACCAUGUGCAACUUUUCACAGAACGGCGGAUUCUACUACUGUCCGCCAGGCACGGCAGAGCAGCAGUUGUGCCCGGCAGGCUACUACUGCUCAGGUCCUUUCAACAUCACCUACUGCCCACCUCACCAAUACUGUCCUGUAGGGAAGGCAGUGGAGGGACCAUGCCCAGGAUCCUACUACUGUCCUAAUAGCAGUGUGAGGAUCCAGUGCCCCAGUGGUCACUAUUGCAAGCCAGGUACUGUCACGCCGAUCUCUUGUCCCAUACUCACCAGCUGUCCCCCAGGAACAGAAUCGGAGAAGAACUCCGGUCUUGCCAUCGUGUUGGUAUUCCUUCCCGCCUCGUUCAUCAUCGGCGCCUGGUGGCUGUUCCUGCGCCAUCGGGACAAGGAGAGAGUUGCCCGUCACCAGAAGCGGCGUACACGCUACCAGAGCCUUGCAGCAGAGCACGACUCACCCGAUCAUCAGGGAGAGACCAGCAGCUCCAAUGGCAGUGAGCUGACACGCUCAUUGAUCAGUGGUUCCGGCUAUCGGUACAGCUCCAACGGAGCCACGGCAAGUGGUGAUGAUAAUUACAUGGAUAUCUCGCUGGUCAAGAAGGCCGACGAGCCGAAGUUCACUAUCGAUUUCCAAUUUGACGAGCUCGGCUUGGAGCUUAAGUCCAGUGGCGCUAAGGUCUUGCAGGGAGUAACCGGUCAGAUUAAGAGCCAUCAAGUCACCGCUGUGAUGGGUCCAAGCGGUGCUGGAAAGAGCACUUUCAUCACCACCCUGUGCGGCAAAGCAACGUACGGCCGACAGACGGGCCGUGUGUUCAUCAAUGACUCUCCCGACGAUCUGACCAGGUACCGCAAGGUGGUCGGGUUCGUACCGCAGGACGACAUCAUGCUGAGGAUGAUGACCGUCAAGGAGAACUUGACGUUCCAUGCCAUGAUGCGACUGCCGCGCAGCAUGCCGCGCGUCGCCAAGCGCGAGAAAGUCCAGAACGUGAUUGACGACCUGGGCCUCUAUGAUAUACGGCACAGCGUCAUUGGGGAUGAAACCAAGCGAGGCAUAUCCGGAGGUCAGCGCAAGCGUGUCAACAUCGGAAUGGAAAUGGUAGCCAAUCCCACGGUGCUCUUUCUGGACGAGCCCACAUCGGGUCUGGACAGCACCAGUUCCAAGGAGGUGUGCGCCUGCCUGAAGCGUAUUGCAGAGUCUGGCCUGACCGUGGUCACUGUUAUCCACCAGCCACGUUAUGAGAUCUUCAAGAUGUUUCACUCGGUGUUGCUUCUCGGCAAGGGUGGCAGAACAGUGUAUCUAGGGCCGAGUGAGAAGGCACUGCCGUAUUUCCAGGGCUUGGGUUUCCAGUGCCCUGAACAUGCCAAUCCACCUGACUUCUUCAUGGAUGUGAUAUCAGGCGACGUUGCACGCUCCGGCCAUCCGGAGUUCACCUCGGUGGACUUGUUUGACCUGUGGACGGACCACACUGACGGCUCCAGUGCUCAAGGAAAAACCCCAAGGGCAAAGCCUGGGGCUGUUCCCGGUCAAUCUAGACUUCAACCCAUGGAUAUCGAGGACUCGCCUGACUCUGAACCCAUCUCAACCAGACAGCCAUCUGUGCCGGCUUCUGAGGCGGAAGAGGCACGCAAGAGAAAGACUGCCGGCUUCGCUAAGCAGCUAUACUAUUUCACUCUGCGCGCACUUCUCCAGUUUUCCCGUGACUGGCAGGGAAUCCUGUUUGACUUUAUCCUGGUGUUGAUUUCCGGUCUGUUCCUUGGCAUGGUCUACUUCCAGGUAUUCUACGUGGGACCAGCUCCGCCGACCGUCGUCGCUCAGUGCCCGCAGGCUCUGCUGGAGGCGUCACCUAGUCCGUGCCUGGUGCCACGCAACGACCCCUUGCCCGGCCAGUCCUGCGUGGCCAGUCUGGCGCUGGCUCUGGCCGCCGUGUCCGGCAGUCUGCGCGUGUUCGGCGCCGAGCGCACCAACUUCUGGCGCGAGUCCAGCACGGGCGUGAGCACGCUUGCAUACUACCUGGGCAAGAGCAUAGCGCACAUGCCCACCAUCGUCAUUGCACCGUUCAUGUUUCUCAUUCUCUACUACCAGCUGGUCACUCCCCUAGCUGACAUGGCAGGCUACUACCUCAUCUGCUGGUUAGUGUACUGGACGGCAGCUGGCUACGGUUAUUUGAUCUCCAUCAUCGUACCGCCGAGCAUGGCGCAGCUGUUUGCCGUGCUCUCCGUUCUCUUCAACAUGAUGUUCUCCGGCGCGCUGCCACGCUUCGAGCAGCUGCAGAAGAUCCUGGGUGGCGUGCUGAUGUACCCGACGUACAUCUCAUACAUUCGCUGGUCGCAGGAGGCCUUCUACUUGCAUGAGAUUGCUAAAUACAAGGACAUCUACCACAAUGUCGAGGCUGGGAUGGAAAUCUACCAGUACAAGUUCUCUCAUCAGUCUUUGGACUUGGGCAUGAUAUUCGUUCUUGGUGUCAUCGUGCGCAUCAUAGCCUACUUAGCCCUGGAGUUGAUGUACCGCGGCAAGAGAAAGUAAGGUGUUCCUCUGCAGCGGAGCAAACUGAGACCAAAGCCAGCCACAAUUUGAAUUAACUGUGCAUAGCCUAGGCCUGCUAUGCCAUGAUUGCUGCUGGGUUCAUCAAGUUUUUUUUUUACGUUGCAAGCCACCGGCGGUGACUGGUAUUGUUUUUAUCAUUGAAAUGCAGAGUACGACUGAACAUAGUAGACGGUUUCCAGAAUUCAUGUGCCGGAGAUGGCCCUGAGUGAUCUAUCCAACAACCGUACUGUUGUCGCUUGGCAACUUCUAACCAAAUGGGAGUCGUUGAGUGUCAGCCUCGCUAACAUUUCCUUCACAUCAUAUCCCUGGAAGUGUAACUAUUUUCCAAGUGACUGAAGAAAUAAUUUCAAGUAGUAUGACUGUUUCGUGUUUGCCUUUGCUAGUUCUAUAGCGGUUGAAACUGCGGCCUGUAUCUAUGACUGAAUUUACAAAUGGAACAUAUCUUAUCAGAUGACUUUUCUUUGUUGAAAGUGACUGCUCAGUCUUUAUCAUAUGGCAUUCAACCAUUUUUCCUCUCCCUAUUUUUGCAAACAACCGCAGAUGCGCCGGCAAGAGUUUCACACGAUUAUAAUUACGACAUAUUUCAUGGCUUUUCACAUUGUGAUUUUGCUAUAAGGACCUUUCAUGGCUUCUACCAUUCUUUUUCCAGCCCUUAUUUACAGAAUUUUACUAAUAGUAAUUGCCAAGGCUCA